UGUUUUCUUUAUCCUAUUCCUAUAACAAUCGACGAUCUUUUUUGUGUUUGUUCUCCUCGCGAUCUCCCAAUCAUCUCCAAUUUCUCCUCCUUUUGAUCUGUGUUUUUUUUUUUUUGGGACUUUUGGGUUUUUUGUUUGAUCUCGUUGGGAGAAAGAAAAAAGCUUCGACCUUUGGAAUCCAUGGCGGAAGCUUUGGCUCAGAGGACCCUCCUUUUACCUGGCGGGCAUCUUUCUUUGCCGCCGUUUUGCGGGAUGCGGAGCCGCCCUUCUCUUGCGGCGUUCACUCUCUUUUCACGUACCAAGGUUGAGCCCUUGAGGUCUUCUUCUUGUGAUAGCAAGUUCCAUGGGAGGAGACUGGUCGUUGGGGCGCGGAGAGGGAGGCCCUCGAGGGCACGCCUCGGUUCUGGCUCUGAACAGAUGGUUCUGUCGUUCAAGAAGGCUAUAAAAUGGUGGCAGAAGGGGCUUCAACCCAAUAUGGUGGAGAUCGAGUCGGCUGAGCAUCUCGUCGACUCCUUAUUGAACGCCGGCGACAAGCUUGUUAUUGUGGAUUUCUUCUCCCCAGGGUGUGGAGGCUGCAGAGCGCUUCAUCCAAAGAUUUGCCAGUUCGCCGAAUCGAAUCAAAAUGUUUUGUUUCUCCAAAUAAAUUAUGAGCAACAUAAGUCGAUGUGCUACAGCUUGGGUGUCCAUGUUCUCCCCUUCUUUAGGUUCUAUCGCGGAGCACACGGGCGCCUGUGCAGCUUCAGCUGCACCAAUGCAACUAUUAAGAAAUUUAAAGAUGCUUUGGCCAAGCACAUCACUGACAGAUGCAGCCUUGGGCCAGCUAGGGGGCUGGAGGAGUCAGAGCUCUUGGCUUUGGCCGCAAACAAAGAUCUCUCAUUUAACUACACAAGCAAGCCAGUUCCUGUGCCUGAAGAGAUUCCAGAGAGAAUUCCAACAAGCCCGAAACUCCCUCUUCAUGCUGUCCGUAGACCUGCCCAGGAAUCCGAGGACAAGGCCCUCGCCGCAGCUGGGAGAUGAGAUGGUGCUCGGUGAUGUCUCAUCUCCCAUUAGCUGUUAUACUACUUGCUUUGUAUAAUUCGCGCUUUGUAUACUUUGCUGUGUAUAUAUGUUUGAUGAUUGCUGUAGUGCAGGCCAUGUUUUUUGGUUUGAGAAGCCUGCUGAUUGGGUAUGUAGUUGGAGAUGACGAGUGGUGUGCUUCCUCCCCUGCGGAGAUCCUUGGUGUUUCUAUAUAUUGCUCUAUGCUCGAAGGAUAUUUACUUCUAUAAGUUGGAGCUUGUUGUUGAGACAUGGUUCUGGUCGCUUGUCUUCUUUGUAAACCUUGCGUCUCAUGUGAAGUGUGAAGUGAAAGCAUGAAAGCUUAUCCUAAAAGAUGUGAUGCCAGUUCCUUUU